AUGAAUGGCUACGCCCCUCAUGUUUUAUCUGUUGGCUCGGGAGCUUCCAUACAAGUCAUCGCGACAUGUUUAGUGAAUCCAGAAAAGACUACGGAGCAUAGGCUCACCCACAAGUCCUUGAAGGUGGCUACGAAUAUUGACUACCACAUCAUAUUUUGUUGGUCUACUCCUAUGUCGAGUCCACUUCUUCAAAUUCUAUUCUCUCUAGUAUGCACAAUGUUCUUGGAGAUUUUGGCCUGCUGGUGUCGCUCAUCUCUUAAUGUAUCUGGCAAUUUUCUCAGUCAGGAGACUGCAGGCUGGCCAUCCGGCCAACCGCGACCGUUUUCGCUGAGCAUUGUAUACUCUUCAGAAUACUUUUCGAAUGUCCGAGCUAUAGAAUAUUGCCCGACACCAUUCAAAAAUGGAGAGUUCAUGUUCUAUGGAGAAAUGGACGUGGAAGUAGUUGGAAUGAAGACUUAUGAUGUAUCGACCAAGGGGCCUCUUUCAUCUGGAUUUUUGACCACAAACCUCGUCUGCAUCGAUUUCCGAGAUUUGGUCAUUUAG